AUUGCAGGCUUCAGUCGAGUCUUGAAAAGUGUUGGAUCUUUUAAAGACUGUAAUUCGUACUAAAUGCUAACAGCUAACUUAGCAAAAUAAAGUUGUUAUGAAGGUGACGUCAUCGGUGGUGAGGAGGGGAUGUUAGCAUGCGACGUAAAAGAACCAAUCAGCGGGUGCUGAGGAACACGCCGCCAUCAUGUCCGAAAAGAAGAUGUCAGCCAGCCGCCGGCAUCACCUCAAGAGUGUGAUCCUGCACAUCGCCUUCACCUGGCUGGAGCAGGAGAAGGCAGACAUGGCGGUGACCAAGCAGAACCACAUGUCGGAGCACUGCAGCAGGCCCAGCCAGAGCGGGGACCAGGCCACACUCAUGGACACGUGCAAGAAGCUGAACGCUCUCAUCGAGAAGUUGGACGAGGAACGCUACGACCUGGAGUCCAAAGUGAAGAAAACAGACAAAGAGAUUGAAGACCUGAAGUUCAAGGUCAUCGACCUGGCGGGCGUCAAGAAGCCCGCCCUGAAGAAGGUGCGCAUGUCCGCCGACGCCAUGUUGAAGGCUCUGCUUGGAUCCAAACACACCGUCAACAUGGAACUCAGAGCCAACCUCAAGCAGGUCAAGAAGGAAGUCAAAGAGGAGCCCUUAGAGGCGGUGGGCGACUGGCGCAAGAACAUUGAAGACAAAGCUGACAGGAAGAAGAUGUUCGAGACUUCCUAAAAGAAUUCACUCUUUUCAUCGAUCUUUUCAUUAAAUCUUGUUCCACUUUCACUUUUUCCUGUGUCCUCACUUCCUGUCCACGGCCUCCACCUCGCUACUCUUCACUU